GAGGAUUGUGUGUGUGAGAGAGAGGGGCGCAUUGCUAAAAAAAAACAAAAAACAAAAAGCAGUGAUGUAUUCUUGGUUUAUUUCUCGCCUAUUGCAACGUCCUCUGUGAAGACUGCAUUUUUGAGAUUACGCGCAAAUCUCGCGUUAGGUCAGAGGGUUGCGCACAGACUUUUAUCGAAAGGAUAAUCCCAGCAGCAGCAGCGAAGGAGACGGGAGAAGGUAUCCAGCGGAGGAGCACCGAAAAGCGGAUGGCUAGGCGUUGCUGCUCCGGCUGUCCCCCACCCUGACCCGGGGAAAAGACUCACCAGCACCGCGCCAAAGCAUUACGCAAACCCAACGGAGCUCCCGCCGCCGUUUCAGCGCAGUAUUGGGCAUUUCAACCGGUUUAUUUGCAUCAAAACUGGGAUUGUGCACACGAGAGACCGCCCAUAAACAAAACAAGGCACGGUUGGGGAGAUAUAUCACACCAGUUAGUCAAAUAUUAGCGCAUUUAUUGAUACAUUUGCGCCGCGUUUGCGUGUUUUAGCCGCGUUAUUACACAGAUACACAUGCGUAAGGCGGGGAACCGUGGUAAGGGAUGUAGAUGGACUGUACAGUGACCCCAGUUCAGCGAAAGGAAGCGGUUGAAAAGCCCAAACAUCCUUCGCGUUCACACCGACGCUGGGGUCCACCUAGGAGCAGAGAAAUCCGAGGGGGCGGACGAAGAUAAUCAUGGCGAAACUGCAAUUUUGAUGAUACAACGACAAUCCUCUAUCUCUCUCAUCUGUGACCUCAGAGCGUUGCAUGUGAAUUGCAUAAGUAUGUAGAUGGCUGGCUUAUGUGCUGCCAUUUUACAUUUUUAAAUACUAUAGAGGCAAGAACUUGGUUUCCCGUCGCUACGUGUUGCUAUCUUUCCAGUUUAGCGCGUGAGAAACCCGUUACGCAUUCGUGCCACUGAAUGUAAGAGCUUUAAAAUCCAAAUUUCUGUCAUGAAAUACUAGCUUUCACAAUCCUAUAUUCGCAGCUUUAAUGUAUUUAUUCGUUAUGACCCUUUAAUUGGAAUUUGCACGGGUCUGCCGCUACAAGAACCGCAAAUUAGCGCCAUUUAGCAGUAUUUUGGACUAUUCCACAGCAGUAGCCAUGCCCGUGUUCAGUGGUCUCUUGAAAGUCAAAGUUUGCGAGGCGGUGGAUUUGAAGCCAACGCCGUGGGCCUUGCGUCACGCCGUCGGGAAAAGCGGUUCUUUCCUUUUGGACCCUUACCUCGCGCUUAACCUGGACCAAACCCGCCUGGGACAGACCGCGACCCGGACCAAAACCAACAGCCCCGUGUGGCAUCAGGAGUUUUGCACCGAAGUGAGAGAGGGACGGAGCUUGGAGCUGUCGGUUUUCCAUGACGCGCCGAUUGGAUAUGAUGACUUUGUGGCCAACUGCACCAUCCAACUGGAAGAUCUGCUCCAAAACGGGACCAGACACUUCGAGGACUGGAUCGACCUGGAACCUGAAGGAAAGGUCUACGUGGUCAUCGACUUGUCCGGAUCGUCCACUGAAGCCUCGGGGACCAAUGACAAUGAGGAGCGUGUGUUUCGAGAGCGCAUCGGCCCGCGCAGACGCCAGGGGGCAGUGCGGAGGCGGGUCCAUCAGGUCAACGGGCACAAGUUUAUGGCCACGUACCUGCGCCAGCCGACAUACUGCUCCCACUGCAGGGACUUCAUCUGGGGCGUUUUGGGGAAGCAGGGAUAUCAGUGUCAGGUUUGCACCUGUGUGGUCCAUAAACGCUGUCACGAGCUCAUCAUCACCAAAUGUGCUGGAAUGAAGAAACAGGAGGACACACCGGAGGAGGUUGGUUCGCAGCGGUUCAGCGUAAACAUGCCUCACAAGUUCAGCAUUCAUAAUUACAAGGUUCCCACGUUCUGCGAUCACUGCGGCUCUCUGCUGUGGGGGCUCAUGAGGCAGGGCCUGCAGUGCAAAGUGUGUAAGAUGAACGUGCACCGGCGCUGCGAGACCAACGUGGCUCCGAACUGCGGCGUGGACGCUCGCGGCAUCGCCAAAGUCCUGUCCGACCUCGGAGUGACGCCCGACAAGAUCUCCAACACAGCCCAGCGCAGGAGGAAGUUGACCCCAGGGCAGGACCCUCCCCAGUCGCCUCCAGAGCUCUCCCAAACAGAGGACAGUAACUUCAGCCCCCCCGCCGUGCCCACCUCCCCCUCACAACAAGAUCUAACUGAGCUGGAGCGGCUGCAGGACGUCCUGUCUCUGGAUCAGGGCGGCCCCCAGAACUCCUCCUCUUCGGCCUCUUCCACCUCCUCCUCUUCCUCCUCCACCUCCUCCUCUUCCUCCGCGGGCCGGGAGAAUGGACAGAGCCAACGCAGGACGCUCAAAGACUUCAACUUCAUCAAGGUCCUGGGCAAAGGCAGCUUCGGAAAGGUGAUGCUGGCAGAGCUGAAGGGCUCAGAGGAGGUUUACGCCGUUAAAGUCCUGAAGAAAGAUGUGAUUCUCCAGGACGAUGACGUGGACUGCACCAUGACGGAGAAACGCAUCCUGGCCCUGGCUCGAAGACACCCCUACCUCACCCAACUCUACUGCUGCUUCCAGACACGGGAUCGUCUGUUCUUUGUGAUGGAGUACGUGAACGGAGGAGACCUGAUGUUUCAGAUCCAGAGGUCCAGGAAGUUUGACGAGCCGCGCUCCCGUUUCUACGCCGCUGAAGUCACCUCCGCGCUCAUGUUUCUGCAUCGCAACGGCGUCAUCUACAGGGACUUGAAGUUGGACAACAUCCUGCUGGACGCGGAGGGUCACUGUAAACUGGCCGAUUUCGGGAUGUGCAAAGAAGGAAUCAUGAACGGAGUCACCACCACCACCUUCUGUGGGACCCCGGAUUACAUCGCCCCCGAGAUCCUGCAGGAGCUGGAGUACGGAGCGUCGGUGGACUGGUGGGCUCUGGGCGUGCUCAUGUACGAGAUGAUGGCGGGACAGCCUCCCUUCGAGGCGGACAACGAGGAUGACCUGUUUGAGUCCAUUCUCCAUGACGACGUGCUCUACCCCGUGUGGCUCAGCAAGGAGGCCGUGUCCAUCCUCCGAGCGUUCAUGACCAAGAACCCGGCGAAGCGUCUGGGUUGUGUGGUGACCCAGGGCUGUGAGGAAGCCAUCAAAACUCACCCGUUCUUCAGAGAGAUCGACUGGGUUCUAUUGGAGCAGAGGAAGGUCAAGCCCCCAUUUAAACCCCGAAUUAAAACCAAACGUGAUGUGAAUAACUUUGACCAGGAUUUCACGAAGGAGGACCCAGUUUUGACUCCGACGGACGAAGCCAUCAUCCGACAGAUCAACCAAGAGGAGUUCAAAGACUUCUCAUACACUGCACCAGAGGAGACGCAAACCUAAACACUCCCACAUAUACAUAUAAAUAUAUAUAUAUAGUAAUAUACAAAAGCUAUUGGUUGUUGUUACUUUUUGGAAAUAUCCUUUACUUGCAUUGUGUUGUUCUAGUUGCCUGGGUUUAUUAUGUAAAUGAAUAAGACUAUGAAUUUUACCAGGGCUUGGCAAUAACGUUUUGGCUCUGUGGUCGCUGUGUUCUUCAAAAUAUGUUUACGAGAGAUGAGAUGAGAAAAUAUAGUUCAAUCAUACUGAAUAAUAAUAAUAACUGUUCAGAAUUCAAAUAGAUUUUUUUGAAUUUCAAGUAUGACAAUCUACUAAAAGCCUUAUCACACUAAUACAAUUAAAAAUGAGGUUAAAACGUCUUGCUCAUUGACAGCAGUUUAAGGAAUCAAACCGACAACCAUUACGUUAGUGGGCAGCUGCGACUGACCCACUACAGCUGUGUUUGACAAUGACCAAUGAUGAACAUGAACUUUUGAAUGUUGAAUUACUGUAACUUUUCUGGGUCGGGGGUCGGUACUUUGUUGUAUCCACUGCCUUGAAGGUUGAAAGUUCCACAGUACGGCAUUAAACCACCUACCACAGACUGUGUAAAUGAGUGGACAAAGUGAGUGCGACGUCACCCACAGCGUUCGGCUCCAGUCAAAUGAAGCCCGUCGAGGCUAGCGGUUAUAGCGGCUAAUUUGGAGCCGAAUUCCAUAUUUAGAAUUCUGACGGCGAGUAUCAUAGCAACCAAAGAGCCAAUCCAGAGUGAGGCUGUUGAAGGUGAUGCCCACUUCUGCCCACACCGCUGCUUACACAAUAGCGAAAUAAAAACACCAGGAUCAUGUAGAGCGGGUCAAUACUAACAUUUUAAGACCAAAAUGACAAGUCUGACAGCAGCAGUUACAGAGAGAGGGUCCACAGUUUUUCAAUAGAAAGUGAACUGGAGCCAGAGUCGAUGAAGCUGGAAGUACGCCCAUGCUCACUUCUGUUUGGAACACAGUGGCUAGCACGUUAGCUAUGUCCAUUUAUAUAUACAGUCUAUGCUAGCUGUCUUUUUUUUUUUAUCGAGAAAAAUAAGCUCCAACUUGGCCAUGUGCAAAAAUAAUAAACAAUAAACAUCUCCAUAGAAAGAAGCCGGUGACGACGCUCCACCAGAAAAGUUACAAAGUGCACCUUUAAAAACAAAAUCAAACUUCCUUUUAGAACAUUUGAUCAGUCGCCCAAGGUUAAUGUCAAGCCCUGAGUACGACAGCCCAGUCUCACAGAUAGAAGAGGUUUGUUUCAUCGACGAUAACGCAAUAAAAUCUGUGUCUAAUGUAAAGAUUUGAAUGAGGCCGACAUUCAAAGAGCAGGAAAUGAUUACAUAGAUAUAAAGUUAUUGUAGAAGGUUGGUGUGUUAUUGCUUCAUCGCCUGUAAUAAUCCGCUGUAUGGCAUUAAUCUUAUCAGACCAGACCAAGCUACCGGUGAGAUCUGUAGAACGGCAAGCCCACUCACAGUAAGAAUGUACAGUAUGUUAAAGUGUUUUUUUUAGCAACAAAAACAGCUAUAAUUGAAUAAAUGCAUAGUAGAUAAGCCCAAUGCCAGACUGUGGAACAUUACAGGCACAGUAAGCAGAAAAGUUCCGUAUUGCGUCUUUAACCCAGUCCUCUAUUUAAAUCCAGUAUUCCAGUUCCAGUAUUAAACGUUAAACUGUGAGGCUGGGCUGAGCGACAUGACACUUACACCCACAUUUCACAGUGCACUUUUACUGUUGACAGAAACCCCCAUAAUCGACUCACAAAAUGGACUCCUCCUCCUCCUCCUCCUCCUCCUCCUCCUCUCUCACCCCAUCCCAGCGCGGGACGGUCCUGUACAUAGCCUGUAUCUUGAGUGUCUGUGUUGAUAUUCGCUAAUAUUGGAGGCCUGUGGCGCAUGGAGACGCUCCCUAUUGUGUUGACUGUAUAGGGCCAAACCUCCCCUUUGUGCAAUACCCUGACCAUAGAUCGAUAUAUAUAUUUAACACCUUUGGUUGGUUAUUUUUGCUGUUUUUUUUUCUUUCUUUUCUUCAAAUGUGUUUUUAUUAUGUCUUUUUGGGGCGGGUAAAUUGUGGUCCUAUGUGCCGUCACUCCAAAAGUCAAAACAAGAGUUGAACCAAGAUGAGGGAUUAGCUUUAACUUGCCUUUGUUAACUUUUUGUUUGUUUGUUUGUUCAUUUCUACAUUGUAAGUUUUUUUUUCAAACCCAUUUCACAUAAUAACAGAUCACAGAAGAUAAUACUACUUUCUACGGCUGUGGAAAAAUAUAGGACAAUCACCAAAAAUGUUGAACCUCGGAAUUUUUGGUAAGGAAAUGGUUCCAUGUAGUGUUGUGUUUUGAUGCUUUAGUGGAAAAAAAAUAGAGAGAGAAUUUUUAUCUUUGUCACUUUGUCCUGACAGAGAAUGUAUUAAACUUUAAGCCAGUUUUAUUUCAUUUGGAUAGGCCCAAUAUUUACAAAAAUACUAUGCAAAAAUGUGCAGUCUUGCAAUUUCUACUGUAAAAUAUUGAACUGCCGUGUGACGCAGCCUAUGAUGGAAGUGAUGUAACAUUUUUUGCACUGUUACUAUGGCACUUAUUAAUUCAAAACUAAAUCUUAGAUCUUUUGAAUAGUAAAAUUUAUGCAAAAUUUCGCCUAAGAACAGGAAGUUGGACGAAAAAAACUUACACUGCCAUUCAAAAGUUUGGACACAGCCUCUCAUUCAGUGUUUUAUUUAUCUAUUUUUACUACUUUCUACAUUUUAUAUACAUACAGAAGACAUCAAAUAUAUGAAGUAAGUUAUAGCAAGUAGAAAAAUAAAGGAAAAACGAAAACAUUGAAUGAGAGGGUGUGUCCAAACCCAACCCUUUGACUGCUAGUGUACGUAAGGCCCUGCUGGGCUUACUCCCUAAAAAUGCAACUUUUUACUCAUAUAAAUCAAGGUAUUACAUGUUUAUAUCUAAUUUAUUAUACUUUAAAACCCCCAUUUUUAUUUCCUCCCUCAGCUUGGUGUAGUUCUUGUGUUUUUCUUUGGGUGGCGGUGUUGCUUUACUCCAGCGGCGCCCGUGGUUCAUGUUUUAAAUGUGUGCGUACAACGUGAAUGUUAAGCUUUACAGGCUAUUGAACUAAUUAUACGGAGCAGAGUGUUACAGGAAGUCUGGGUUGCAAUGAAAAAAAACCUAGCUCACUCAGUCAUCUGCUUAAAGUCUAAAUAUUUUUGUUUUUUAUAAUUUUUAUUUUAUUGAAGUGAAUGUAUAUUUUUGUGAGUGAAUGCAUGAUACUGUAUGUAAUGGGCCUAAUUGUGUCACUUCUGGCUAUGUUCAAACUUCAAUUUCUGUCGGCCAUUUUGCACGCUAAAAUUUCAAUAUAACAUUUAUAUUUUUUAUUUUAAUUAAUUCUUUUUUUUAUUUUUAUUUUUUAGGAUGACAAAAUAUUGGAGCUUCUUAAACUGCCUUGUAUUAUUUAGAUUAGAUUAUUAUUAUUAAUUAUUUUCGAAUUUUUGUAAAGCAUUCGAACUACGGUAGCCCUGCAGGGACAUUUGAAAUUAUUAUAUAUAUUUUUUUUUAAUCUUUCUUCUUUCUUUUUUUUCACCCCAUAAUUUGUUAAAAAAAAACACCAAAUACUUGCUUGGAUUUGGGGUUCAAAUGUAGUUAUACUUAAGCAUACUUUAUAAUUUAAGCUUUUUCUGUUUGCUUUUAGUUUGUCCCUUUUGGAAUGCCGUAGUUGUAGUAGUAAUGCAAUGUAUUGAACGCAACUACAUAAAAUAUCUUGUGAUGCUAAAACUUAUAAAAAGCAAAAUACUGUAAUAACAAACGUGUGUUGCCAGAUUACGGUAAAGUUCUCUUAAUUGUCACUACCAAUAUUUCACUGCGUUUUUUUUGUUUUGUUUUGUUUUUAGUUUCAAAUUCAAGACAGAUAUUUAUUGCAAAGGAUUCAAAUAUAUGGUAGCUCUGCAGGGACAUUUGAAGUUAUAAUACAUAUAUUCUUUCUGUUUUUCCACCACACAAUUUGCUCAAAAAAUACAAAUAAACGGUAGUAAUAUACAAAAUGUGCAUCUGCUACUUCAGCUGUUUCUAUUGUUUUUUAGUUUGUCCCUUUUGGAAUACCGUAGUUGUAGUAGCAGUAUCUGAGUAAUCUGUAGUAGUGAAUCUCUAAACUCUUAAGUUAAACUGCAAAAAUACUAGAGCUACUGUGGUUAUGCGAAUUUUAACAUGAAAGUAACGCUAGACAUAAAUGUUAAAUGUUGCGUUGCCGGAUUGUGUAAAAUUCUGUACAUUUUAUCUACCAAUAUGCCACUGCCUUUUUUAUUUUUAGUUUUGUUUUUUUUAUUUGUUGCAGUUUGAACAUAGCCUUUGUGUACUUGUGCAUCUCUCUAUAGCUACCACAGUGUUUAAACGCAGUCCCCAUUGUCCUAUUUUCCUUCAGCCAAAACAAAAGCUUUUUUUCAAUGAACUUUCAAUGCUUUUAUUUCUUUUACAACUUUUUUCUUUUUUAUUAUUAUUAUUAUAAUAUUGUAAAGUGUAUCUGGGGGACAUCUUUGUGUAAAAUACUAUAGCUAUUACUCUGUUUCAGCCAGGUGAAAUUUAAUGUCUGAAAACAUUACCUCUCAUAUGACAACAUUCACAAUGCUUAUUUCUUCCUCUUUUGUGAUACGAAAAGAAACUCGGAAACAUACAGAAUGAGGUGGAGAGUUGUAAAAAAAUAUGAUUUGGAAGUUUAUCGGUAAGAGUUUUUGGUGUGUUAGUGAUGCUUUUGUGCACCCAUGGGCGUCUAGGGUCUGCUGCUGGUCACACUAUUUAAACGAAUCUGUGCCAAAAUGUAGUGCAACAGCCAGACCAGUCCUGUCUGCUCUGGAUCCAAUAAAACACUGUCUACAUCAAA